CCGGAGCAGGGGCUAGGAGCCUGGCCUGGCUCGGCUCCUUUCCAGGGCCAGCCUGGGUUGUGGGGUCCUGGGAAGGGCUCGGGAGGGGUGGGGGAUGCUGGGGGAGCCGGUCACUGCCUCUCUGCACCAUUACUGGUACCUGGCUCUGUCUCAUCCCUCCAUCAGCUGGGGCAGAGGGGAAGGUCCCAGGCUGGGGAGAUGCAGGAACUCGUGGCCAGGGUGGAGAAGCUCACGUUCAAGUUGGAGAUGGAUGUGAUGCAGCAGAGAGGGGCCCUGCCGCUGCCCUUCCCGGGCAUGGACAAGUCGGGGGCAGCCGUGUGCGAGUUCUUCCUCCACGGACUGUGCGGAAAGGGCCUGACGUGCCCCUUCCGGCACGUGUGCGGGGAGAAGUCGGUGGUGUGCAAGCAUUGGCUGCGGGGACUCUGCAAGAAGGGGGACCACUGCGAGUUCCUGCACGAGUACGACGUCACCAAGAUGCCCGAGUGCUACUUCUACUCCAAGUUCGGUGAGUGCAGCAACAAGGAGUGCCCCUUCCUGCACCUCGACUCGGCUUCCAGGGCGAAGGACUGUCCUUGGUACGACGAGGGGUUCUGCAAACACGGUCCCUUGUGCCGAUACAAGCACACCCGGAGGGUCGUGUGCACCAACUACCUGGCUGGCUUCUGCCCCAAUGGCCCUCGGUGCAAAUUCGUGCACCCCAAGGCCAACUUGAUGCUGGACAGCUUGGAGCGCUCCAAGGGGCUUCCCAUGACAACAGAUGGAGUUGGUGGUCGCAAGCCGUCCCUCCCAGAAGCCCAGCUGUUCCCUUGCCCUUCCCGGGGCAGCAGUGCCCAGCACCCAGCCAAGAAAGCACCAGGGACCAGCGGCUACCCCUAUGGAUCCCUGCGGCCCCUCGAGCAAGUGACGUGCUUCAAGUGUGGGGAGAAGGGUCACUACGCCAAUAAAUGCGGCAAGGGUCGUCUGGGGAUGCUGCUGGGGAAGUGACUGGUGAGCCUUGUUGGAGGAGAAACCAGAGGAAGAUGCCAGGCUGCGACAGGCGGUAUCAUCUGGAAGCCCAUCAGAAUUUAACUGGGGAACCCAGCCAGGGAAACCCGGCUCGGGGCAACUUUCUUUGUCAGCUCCUUGUAAAGCAAGAGGAGGGGAGGAAUGCAGCUUCAGUGGUGUCGAUGGUAACCGCAGUUUCCACUGGCUUUGCAAAUGUCAUGCCAUCUCCUGCGUCUGAUUGAUGGCUUGGCUUUUUAGACUGUGCAUCAGAUGUGUAAUCAUGCCAGGACUAAAGUAUGGGGUGAGCGCAGUCAGUGUCUGGAGCUGGGUUAAUGUGUGUGUGGGG